AUGGGAAAAGACGAUCCAUCACAAGCUGGGAUCAGUGCAAGAAAGCCUUCUUGGCUAAGUUCUUCUCCUCAGUCAGAACUGCAAGCUUCAGAACCAACAUCUCAAGCUUCGCACAAAAGCACGGCGAGAGUUUCACAGACGCCUGGGAACGCUUCAAAGGAUAUCAGUCGAAGUGCCCACACCACGGUUUCUCUCAAGAGUCACUCCUUAAGUACUCUAUACCGUGGUGUACUGCCUCGCUUCAGGCAGAUGCUUGACACAGCAAGCCAAGGAAACUUCUUGGCCAGAGAUGUGACGACGGUCUGUUCUUGGUGGAAAACAUGGCAAUGA